AUGUCGAGUGAAGGAGAGGUGUUUGAAAGGCCAGAUACUGUGGUUGUUGACCCUCCGCUGGGGAAGAAUCACACAAUUGAGCCAUUUGCAUUUCUCACAUCGGAGAAAGAAAGUGAUCGAAAACACAAUGUUCUUCUCAUAUCAAACCAACCGUUCAAAAUCAAUCUCAAAGAUAUUUGGAUCCAUUGUGGAUUGGUAGUAUGCGCAGAUGGGGGCGCUAAUAGACUACAUGAUUAUUUUUCCAAUGACCAAGAGCGGGGCGAGUAUUUGCCAAAUUAUAUCACAGGAGACUUUGAUUCGCUAAGAGACGAUGUCAGAAAGUUUUACCAAUCAAAUGGGGUCAAGAUAAUACCGCAAUACGGGCAGUAUAGUAAUGACUUUCAGAAAUCUGUUCGAUGCAUACAAAUACACUUUUUGCUUUCAGAGCAGGGUAAAUCGUGGCCAGAAGUAGAUGACGACGAUGGGUUAAAGUCACUAUGGGAGAAUGAGAUGGGAGGUGAAAGCACGAUAGAAAUUUACAUUUACGCAUUAUCUGUGAUUGGGGGAAGAUUUGAUCAAACUAUACAAUCAAUAAACCAGCUUUACAUUCUCCGUCAACAACAACCAAAUUUGCAUAUGUUUUUCAUAACCAAUGAUGAUAUAAUUUUCUUGUUGUACAAGGGCGUCAAUUUCAUCACUUAUCCAAACCGAGCCAUCUUCUGCAAAAAUACAUCGUCACCGCCAUUGUGUGGGCUUCUACCUCUCGGAGGAAAGGCUGUCACGUUGAAUAGUUUUGGGUUGCGAUCGCUCGCGAGAACGUCCUUUAGAGGCAUGAACCAGACGGCGACUAGAUUUGCCUCGCUGUAUAUUCCACCGAGAUCACCAAUACUAUCAUCACUUUCACCACUUUCAUUUUCAUCGUCAUCAUCAUCAUCAUCAUCAAGUCCAUCAACCAUUUUGCAAACACCAAACUUGGUCCCCACAGCUAAUGAAGUCGCAUUGAAGUUGCCGAAUAUUACAUCCUUGCCUUUGUCAAAUCCCCCUGCUAAUAAGGAUUUAAGUAUUGCCAUUGAAGUUGAAAUAGUGGGCGAUGAAAUCAAGUUUGAGAUUGUUGAUGCAGGAGAGAACAACAACGAAAUGUAUGCUGACUCUGUUUUACGUAAGAGGAGGUUGAAGAUGAAGAAGCACAAGUACAAGAAGAGAAGAAAGGCACAACGUGCGUUGAGAAAGAGAUUGGGUAAGUAG